AUGGAUAUUUGUCAAGUAGCAUUUACCGAACAACAGAUAGUUUCAACUGCAACAGGACGUGUAGUAAAAAGAGCUGCGUCAGAUGAACUUGAAGGUCAAGUAAAAAAGAUAAUGGUCGAUGGUCAAUCAUGCGAAAAACAAGGUCCAAGUAUCAUUCCAAAAUCUUCCAAUCAACCAAAAUUUGUUAGUGCCGCCGAAAUUGCUGCUAAUGCUCGUACAAACGUUCAAAUAAUGCCUGAAAUACCAGAUGAUGAAUUGCUUGAAAUGGCAAUUCAAUUCGAGAAGAAAUAUCCUCAAUAA